GAGCUUUCUAGUGCAUAAUGAACUGUAAUGGUUGGCUUCCAUGUUCUUCAUUUCUGUGUGCCACUAGUGAGUGAGCUGCAUAACUUUACUGUGUUGAAAGCUUAGUUCUACAGAAAGCAAGUCUUCCAAGAGAGAUUGAGACACUUCCUGCUGUUAGCAAAAGUGGUUUGUGCCACUGUUAACUGUAUCAAUGUUCUUGGGACAGGAAGAGUAAAUGCAAACACAUGCCUUAGAGGUGUGUCAACUAGCUGAGCAAAGACCAAGUUGGAGCCCCAGACUCUCCAAUACAGUUGAGACAGUGACAGAGGUGUGGCACUCAGGGAAGGUAUAGUUUGUUGUGUGAACUAUGUUGGAGACAGCCCCUCUACUGCAGAAGUUUCUUGGAGUGCAGCCCAGAGCUUUUGGGGCAGUGCUGGUGGUGCUGGGACUACUUCAUGUUGCCUUUGGGAUCCUGUUUCUCCCUUCUGAAUGUUCUUACACAGAUGGUGUUGGCAUCCACUUCUUCUCUGGGAUCCUGCUUUUCCUGGCAGGAGUCGUUGCGGUUAUUGCUGACAGGCACCCUAGCAUUGGCAUGGUGAAAGCUUGUCUGGUAUUCCAAAUUAUGGCAGCAGCAGUUGCAGUUGUGAUCAACUUUCUCUAUGUGAGAGAUAUCCUUUAUUAUAUGUGGAACAUCUGCACCCUCUCUGAUGAGAUCAAUGGCUGCCGUGUGAGGGACCAGAUUCUGCGCUACUGCACAGGGAUACGAGGAAUUGCUUUCUUGACUGGGACUUUGGGCAUCUGCCUCACUAUUUCUCUAGCUGCAUUUGCAUGCAGAACUGUCUGUUAUUGACGCUCUGAAGACACUCAGCCUGUUGUUGCCCUCCAUUAACAAGAUGGUGAGGUGAAUCCAGAGAGUCUGUCACAAUGAAGAGAUUUCCUUGAGGAGCACCUGAGAAGUUUGCGUAUGGAGAUCCUGGCACUCAGCCAUUUGUCCCUCAAGCCUGCUGUUUCAUAGCUCUUAUUCGUCUGUGUUCUGAAAACAGUAAAGCAUGGCAAAGUGAAUGCCACAGAUCCA